GUUUAUAAUGACUACUAUCGUUAUUGUGUUUUAUUUCGAAUCAAGUAAAUAACGUGCAAAAUUAAUUCAACUUUAACUUAGAAAAUUAAUUAAUUAAAAAAUGAAUAAAUUGUUUUUACUUUCGGUGUGCGCGUGUUUUUUAAAUAAAUAUAUAACAGCCGCGGAUAAGGUCGUUAUAUGUUACUAUGGAACAUGGGCUACAUACAGGAAUGGCCUGGGCAAAUUUGACGUCAGCAACAUCAACAUAGAUCUUUGCACGCAUAUUGUGUACACGUUUGUGGGAAUCAAUUCUCAAGGAAAUGUUAUAUCCCUAGACACGUUUCUGGAUUAUCCUGAUAAUUGGGGAAGAGAUAAUUUUGGAAAAUUUAAUGCACUUAAACUUCAAAACUCUAAAUUAAAAACCAUAUUAGCUGUUGGAGGAUGGAAUGAAGCAUCAGCCAAAUAUUCAGUUAUGGCUGCAAAUCCUACGUUCAGAAAGAACUUUGUCAGUAGUGCUUUGGCUAUGGUUCUUCAAUAUGGCUUCGAUGGCUUAGAUGUCGAUUGGGAGUACCCUAAUAGACGUGAUUCAAUCAAUGGUCAAGCAGAUAUAAAUAACUUUACUCAACUUCUAAAAGAACUUCGUGAGGAAUUCAACAAGUAUGGGCUUUUAUUGACAGCAGCUGUUUCAUCUGUUAAGGCGUCCGCAUCUCUUUCAUAUGAUAUACCUUCUAUUGUACAAUACUUGGACUUUGUUAACGUGAUGACGUAUGAUAUGAAUGGCGCUUGGGAUCCAAAAACUGGUCACAAUGCUCCUCUUCACAGAAGCGAAGGAGAUGAAAAUGUUGUCAGAGAUCAACUUAACACCGUUGACGUUGCCUUGGAAUAUUGGCUUGGACAAGGCUGUCCACCGGAGAAGUUGGUAUUGGGCUUACCAUUUUAUGGACACACAUUUCAACUAGCAAAUGUUCAUAACAAUGGAGUCGGUGCUUCUGCCAAUGGCCCUGGUCUAGCUGGACCCUAUACUUCUACUAGUGGAACAAUUGGAUAUAACGAAUUUUGCCAAAAACUUCGCACAGAAUCCUGGGAGCAACGUUAUGAUAAGUUAGCGAAAGUACCAUAUGCAGUGCAAGGUCAAAACUGGGUUUCCUAUGACGAUGCUAAUUCUUUAGUAACGAAGGUUGACUAUGCUUUACAAUUUAACAUUAGUGGUGUAAUGGUAUGGAGUAUUGAGACUGAUGACUUUCAUGGAAUCUGCCAUACUGAAGAUUUUCCUUUAUUGAGAGCAAUAAACAGAGCUUUAGGAAAAACUGUCGUAACUACAACCACAACAACUGAAUCUACUUCAACUACUGCUACUACUACUCCUGUGUAUACAACUACUACAGUUGCACCUACUUCUGAAUCUACAACUACAAGUCUUACAUUUCCUCCAAAUUCAUCAGGAUCUACUACAAUGAGCACUACUUCUGCUCCAACUAUAGAUCCAACUGAAAAUACGUUUGUUUGUGUAGAAGAAGGAUAUUAUGAAAAUCCAAAAGAUUGUACAUCAUUCUAUGUCUGCAUAGGAGGUCUUUACAAUAACUUCGAAUCAAUGCUUAUUCAAUGUCCGGCGAAUCUUUACUGGGAUCAGAAGAACAAAUACUGCAAUUAUCCAAAUGAAGUUGAUUGUAAUCUUAUUUGAAUUAAAAAAUAAAUGUUGUUUACCAAUUUAA